GGUGUAUUUAAAUUAAUUCAUAUUUUAUUUUUAAAUAAAUUUCUACUCAGUAGAAAAUCUUCAAAAGCUAAAUAUUAAUGAUUUACAAUGCCACGCAGUCGUUUGGAUGCUGUUUACAGAAGUAUUUUGCUUACAAAAUUUUUCACAAAGGGUUGGGGUAGUCCUCAAAAUUUGAAAAGAAUUUUUGAAUUCAGGAAACUUCUUGCCAAUAGAGAAACAUGUUACAAACUUAUUCCACUUGAUUAUCCAAUCAACAUAACUAAAGAUGAAGAAUGGUCAGACUGCCAUAUAAUCGAAGGUUGUUUUGAAAGUCCAUUUAAUAAGCACCUUCCAGAUAUAAUGCCUUAUGAGACAAUAACUGCACAUUUCCAAUUAGUUCUACCACGAAAAUGGUAUUCCCAUAAAAUAAAGCCUAUGUGUUUACAUCUUGCAGGUACAGGAGAUCAUUACUUUUGGCGAAGAAGAAAUCUGAUUGCUAAGCCUUUAUUAAAAGAGUCUGGAAUUGCAUCUUUAUUAGUAGAAAAUCCAUUCUAUGGUAUGAGGAAACCACAGAAUCAAAUACGUUCUUGCUUACAUAAUGUCUGUGACAUCUUUAUUAUGGGAGGAUGUUUAAUAAUGGAAUCAAUUGUUUUACUAAAUUGGUGUGAACAACAAGGUUUUGGACCAUUGGGAUUAACAGGUUUAUCAAUGGGUGGCCAUAUGGCUUCCUUAGCAGCAACUAAUUGGCCAAAACCAAUACCAUUAAUUCCUUGUCUUUCUUGGUCGACAGCAUCACCAGUAUUCACACAAGGAGUAAUGAGUGCUUCAAUUAAUUGGACACUGUUAGAAAAUCAAUAUUUUGCAAAUGAACUAUAUCAAAAUGAUCUUGCUAAAAUGGUAAAAGUUAUAGGUAAAGAAGACGCGUUUUUUGCUGGGCAACAUUUUGCACAGCAUUAUCCUACAAGUAUGAAAAGAAUUGAUGAAUUAAAACAAUUGUCUAACAAUGUUACUAAAGAUGUACAUACAAUAACUGCCUCUGAAACUGUGAUUCAUAAUAAAGAGUAUAAAGACUGUAAUUCAAAAAAUGAAGACAAUACUUUAAAAAAUCAAGUUGCUGAAGAAAAAGCAGCACAAAUAUUUCCUUUAAAUAUUUUAUCUAACAAAUUUAAGUUAAGGGAUUCAAAUACACUUAAAGUUUUAAAUAUUAACUUGAAUACUAAAACCAUGAUUAUUGCAUAUAUUGCUUUGGCAAUAGGGAUUUGUUUGUUACCAGUUCCAAGACAUCCAUUAUUUUCGGAUUGUAAAUGGCGUGAACGAGAGGCAUUGCAGUUCAUGUGUGGAAUAAUGGAUGAAUGUACGCAUUUAAAAAAUUUUGAAAUACCUGUUGAUACUGAAUUGAUUAUUGCUGUUUGCGCAAGAAACGAUGCAUACAUACCACGUGAUGAUUGUAUGAGUUUGGACAAAAUUUGGCCAGGAGCUGAAAUUCGAUAUAUAGACGCUGGACAUGUAUCUGCAUACCUUCUUCAUCAGAAAGUAUUUAGAUCUACUAUAGUAGAGGCAUUUGAACGAUCAAUAAAAAAAUAUCCUUUACAUAUUAGUUGAUAUAUGUAUAAAUUAUAUGUACAUAUAUAUGUAAAA